AUGAAGAAUGAUCAGGGUGUUGGUGAAAGAGUGACUGUGGAUGAAUUGGAUGAGAAGAGUGAUUUACUGGUUGACAUCUACUCAGAAUACUGCAAGAGUGGGAGACAGAGCAGUUGUAGUCUGAUUGAUCAGGAUCCUAAUAAAAAUGAUACGGUUGAAAUCAGUCAGAAUGAGAGAGUGAGGGUGGAAUACGACAGAUUGAAUCUGGUUGAUAAGGUCUCAUUUGAUAAGAUGCUGUUGAAUUACUACAAAUUGAUCAGUAUCAGAAAGAAGACUGAUUUAUCAAUAGAUACGCGUAGAAUAAUAGGUGAACUUGAUUCAUAUGGAAACAAGGCAUCAAAAUUAGUAUCAGAAUUACUCAAUGAGAUCACUGGUGAUUUGUUGGUGAAAUCAGAUACCACGUUAUCAGACACAUUACAGUCAUUCAUUGAUCAGUGUAACAAUCACAUCAAUAAUAUCAUAUUGAUCAGUGGAUUAAUGCAUAUCAAGAAUGAUCUAUUUCAAAUGGAUCAGAAUGGGAAGCAGGAGUGUCUGUUGGGUAGUGGCAUCGACUACUUCACUAGCAGCCAGAAGAAGGAGAGCUGUUUGAACAGGUUGAGAGUGCUUGUUUCUCAGGUAGAAAAUGGUGCACCAAAUUCAAGCAGAAUAUCCCACCAAAUCAGAAGCAGCCUUGAAUCAAUAAUGGAGACACUCCAUGGCAACUAA